AUGGGAUGGAGUGAGCGAGGGAACGGCAGGAGUUAUAAUAGUUUAAAUGGAUAUGGCUCUGUGAUAGGGUUGUUUGGUAAGAUUUUGGAUUUUGCUACCCGCAAUCGCAAAUAUAAGAAUCAACUUAAAAAGUCUUUUACUAAGAACCUGUAUGCUAUACAAAAUAACUUCAACGAGCUGAAGAAAAAAGAAACUACACCGCAUUUGAAAAAAUGUUUUGGAUACGCAGUAGCACAAAAUGAAGCCAAAACACUACGCUGGCUGCUACUCUACGCAGCAUUCCAGAUUAUGUAUUCAAUCAGCACGAAAACUGUGGCAAUUGGUGUAACCGUUUGUUCGGAACUGUACAAGAAGUUAAAGGAGAUAUUUUCAAAGUAUGCUGAUAUUGUAUUCAAAUUUUCUGUUGCACUAUCAAGUCAGGCAAACGAAAGUCUGAAUAAUAUAAUGGCGCACAAAGCUUCAAAAAAUUGCUGCUAUAGCCGAAGUGAUUCUAGUGACUAUCGCUUUGCCAGUGCUGUAUGCAGUAGGAAUAUUGGUGCGACCGCCCUGGUAACUGUAAAAGAGGAAUUAAUUUUGUCACCUGGAAAACAUACAGCAUCUUAUGCAGCGAGAAAAGAUGUAUCUAAAUUGAAAAGAUCAAUAAAGGAGAAGUUACGACUUUACAGAUCAGACAAAAUUUGGAAAAUCGCAGCCCAAUAUGAAAAUCGGAUCUUCAAUGUAUACUUGAAUCCUACUAAAGAUGGUCAUCCCGAUGCCUCAAUGCAUACAGGGCUAAAAAAUAUUGAUGGGAAGUUGUUUUUACCCGGCAAAAAACUUGAAUCGAUUCCUUCGAAUGAGGCUUUUACACGCAUUCCAACAAUUCUUGAGUUAUUCUUCAAAACCUUGCAUACUAGUUUCACACAACGCUGCAUUCGACACUUCUCACUUUAUUCGCACGCUUAUCACAAAUUCAAAGUUUAUGAAUUUCAAUUACGUGGCUGGUUUCUGUGA